AUAAAAGAGCAGCCUUCGAAGGGAAAUAUUGCGUUUUUUACGCGAAUUAUGAUUAGAACUUCAUACAAUGUGUUCUGUGGUUGUAGCGUUGUGGUAGAGAAAAUGAGGAUACGGAUAUUCUUCUUUGUGUUUGGUAUGUUCGGCUUUGGGAAGGCGGAGGAUUUUCCGUCUCUAAUUACCGCGAAUGCCUCUAUCGCCGUGGUGCUAGACCGGCAGUUCCUGGGCGAGGAGUACCAGUCGCUGUUGGACGAUCUGAAGGACUAUAUCAAGGAGCUGACUCGGGUUGAACUCAAACAUGGUGGAGUUAACGUGCAUUACUUCUCUUGGACUGCCAUUAGCCUCAAGAAAGGUUUCUUAGCAGUGUUCAGCGUAGCCUCAUGCGAGGAUACCUGGUCCCUGUUCUCGAGGACCGAAGAGGAGGAACUCCUGUUAUUCGCGUUGACAGAAGUGGACUGCCCGCGUCUCCCGUCAGACUCCGCCAUUACAGUUACCUACGCGAGUGCUGGCCAGGAGUUGCCGCAGCUGUUACUGGACUUCAGGACACGGAAAGCUUUCCAUUGGAAAUCUGCGAUCAUCCUCCAUGAUGAUACUUUAAGUCGCGACAUGAUAUCACGUGUAGUAAAGUCCCUGACGACUCAGAUAGAUGACGAUGCCGUACUGCUGUCAGUGACCGUCUUUAAGAUGAGGCACGAGGUGAACGAGUAUCUGAGGCGCAAGGAGGUCAAUAGGGUGUUGUCCAAACUACCUGUGAAAUAUAUUGGUGAGAACUUCGUGGCUAUAGUGACGACGGAUGUACUGAGCACUGUCAUGGAGUCCGCCCGCGGGCUGCUCAUGUCACACACACAGGCGCAGUGGCUCUACAUUAUAUCUGACACAGACAGCCAUGCGGGAGACAUGGGUAGCCUGGUCACUGAUCUGUAUGAAGGGGAGAACCUCGCAUAUGUGUUUAAUUCUACCGAUGACGGUGAAGAGUGUAAGAACGGAGUUCUUUGUUACGCUCAAGAAUUGAUGGAUGCAUUCAUAUCAGCGUUGGACACGGCAGUGCAGGAGGAGUUUGACGUGGCCGCACAGGUGUCGGACGAGGAGUGGGAAGCCAUAAGACCCACUAAAUUACAGCGCAAAGACACUUUACUGAAACACAUGCAGCAAUUUAUAACAGUUAAGAGUAAAUGCGGGAACUGUUCCACUUGGCAAGUCAAAGCCGGGGAUACUUGGGGCGCAACAUAUCGGAGAAGUCCAGAAUCGAUGUCCAAAGGCAAUAUCUCGAAUCCAUCGGACAAUUAUACGAAUCCAUCGAGCAAUUAUACGAAGCUAUUACAUGUGGGUGUAUGGCGGCCCAUUGAUGGAUUCAAAUUUGAUGAUGUUCUCUUCCCUCAUAUAGAACACGGCUUUCAUGGGAAGGAGUUGCCUAUAAUUACAUACCAUAACCCGCCGUGGACGAUUUUGAAUUACAAUGCAUCUGGCUGCAUCACUAACUACAGCGGGUUGUUAUUCGAUAUUGUGAAUCAAUUAGCGAAGAAUAAAAAUUUUACAAUUCGAAUUGUCCUUCCGGAUAACAUCAGCCAUAACAGUUCAAACGAAACUGCGAAAGAUAUGUCAACGAGUACAAUAUCAAUGCGGACCAUGGCGGCCGUCGCGAGGAGACAGGCCGCGCUUGCUGUUGCAGUUUUCACUGUUCUCACCGAUCGUAAUCCAGGAAUAAACUACACAAUACCAGUCAGUACGCAGCCGUACGCUUUCAUCAUAGCUCGGCCGAGGGAGAUGAGUAGAGCGCUGCUAUUCCUUUUGCCAUUCACUACUGACACAUGGCUCUGCCUAGGCUUCGCAGUAGUUCUGAUGGGCCCCAUGCUUUACGUAGUCCACCGCCUGAGUCCCUACUAUGAGGCCAAGGAGAUCCGGCGCGAAGGAGGCCUAUCAACCAUACACAACUGCCUGUGGUACAUUUAUGGGGCUCUGCUUCAACAAGGUGGCAUGUACCUUCCCCGCGCCGACAGUGGUCGUCUAGUGGUAGGCACGUGGUGGAUAGUGGUGCUGAUAGUGGUGACCACUUACUCCGGCAACCUGGUCGCGUUCCUCACCUUCCCCAAGUUCGAGAUCCCCGUAACCACGGUCUCAGAGCUACUGGACAGUGAGACGUACACGUGGUCUAUUAAACAAGGUUCCUAUUUGGAGACGCAGCUUAGGGAUUCAGAAGAGCCAAAGUAUUUGGCUCUAGUAAAGGGAGCUGAGAUGGCGUCUGACGGCAACACGGACGACAGCGAAUCCGGAUCCCCAGUUCUGGAGCGCGUUCGCACCAGCCGGCAUGCACUGAUCGACUGGAAGCUGCGGCUGCGGUACCUCAUGAGAGCGGACACUCUGAGGACUGACACGUGUGACUUUGCCCUUAGCGCAGAGGAGUUUAUGGAUGAACAAGUGGCCAUGAUCGUUCCGGCCGGCAGCCCUUAUCUGGCCGUCAUUAAUAAGGAAAUAAAUCGCAUGCACAAAGCAGGGCUCAUAACAAAGUGGUUGAGCUCCUAUUUCCCGAAGCGCGACCGGUGUUGGAAGACCUCUGCAGUGGCCCAGGAGGUCAACAACCACACUGUCAACCUGAGCGACAUGCAGGGCUCCUUCUUUGUGUUAUUUUUAGGUGUAUUCACGGCAAUGACUGUGUUGGUGCUAGAAUGGGGAUUCAACAGGCGAAAGAAAAUGGUCGAACACAUAGUCAUUAAACCUUAUAUGGAAUAAACAUUUUUAAAUACAAUAAAAUUCUUAAAAUUAUUUUUCACUACUCUUGCUCAAAAACACUGUCAUAUUACCACUCCACAGCGGGGCUAAACAAGCAUUUUAGCCUCUAGGGGCUAAAGUAAUUUUGUUUUUUUUAAUUCUAGUCUGUUACGAGUACUAGCCAAGUACUAGCCUACUAUAAAACGAAGGAGGUUUUAUUCGCAAAUAGAAUCAUUAUAAGUAGGGCCCUGAUUGUUUUGAAAAAUAAAUAAAAAACUUUAAAUUGGAAUGAAAUGCAGCGUUCUUGUCUGUGGAAUGCGUUUAUUUUUUUAUUUAAUUUUUAUUGAGUUGCGAAUAGAGCGAGAUUUAAAGA